AUGGGAGAUGCGCCUCGUGUGACUCCCCGCCAGAUCUGGGCGAACCCAACAACAACGUCGACCCAUACAUAUGCGUCCGGGUGUACGCCGUUUGUUCUGCCUAGCGAUGGAAUUAUACAUGUCAACAGUUCAUAUGCCCUGACUUUGACCGGCAAUGCUGUCUACGAGCCCGUUUGCACCGGCGAUCCAGCCGAUUACGUCCAUGUCUCUGCCAUCCUAGAUACCCGCGAUCCGUUCUACUCCUCCGUCACACCGCAACUCUAUGCUAUCGGCUGCGCCACCGUUGUCAGCUACGUUCUCGUCAUAAUACUCCUCAUCACCCCGCGCACAUUCUACGUCGGCGGCCCUGGCGGCGGGGCGAACUUCCUUGGGCGCCAUGGCAUGAUCAGCGGGUCCUACAGUGGCAACUCAUCAGUUGUCGGCGUCGGUGGGCGGCCCUGGUUGCAGAAAGUAGCGGCCAUUCUGGUUGCAAUUUCUUUAACUAUCGCCACGGCGGAUUCAUUCAAAGUCGCUGAACGCCAGUAUGACUACGGGUUCUCUGAUGCGGAGGCGCUUUCGGAAGAAGUCAUUGAUGGCACGGAGAUCCGUAUCGUGCGCGUGAUAUCGAGCACGUUUCUAUGGCUGGCACAGGUCCAGACGCUUAUUCGGUUGUUUCCGCGACAUAAGGAGAAAGUCAUGAUCAAAUGGGCGGGCUUUGCACUGAUUGUGCUGGACACUACGUUUAGUUGUUUGGAAAACUUUAUGGUACGGAACACCUCGACACACCCACGAUUAUACGAUGAUGCGAUUCCCGCGCUGAGCUACUUGUUCGAAUUGGCACUCAACUUGUUGUAUGCGGCUUGGGUCAUCUUCUAUUCGAUCUCGAAACACCGCUAUGCGUUCUUUCAUCCCAAGAUGCGCAAUAUCUGCUUUGUGGCUCUAUUAUCGCUUUGUGCGAUUCUGAUACCAGUUAUAUUCUUCGUGUUGGACAUUGCAAAACCAGAGAUUGCUGGAUGGGGUACGUAUAUCAGAUGGGUUGGCUCGGCCGCGGCGAGCGUAGUUGUGUGGGAAUGGGUGGAGCGUAUAGAAGCGCUGGAACGAGAUGAGACGAAGGAUGGAAUUCUUGGAAGAGAGGUCUUUGACGGGGACGAAAUGCUCGAGGUCACACCAUCAGAAGAGGUUGACUGGCCUCGCUACUCGACUCAAGGACAUGACAAGGGUGGCGGAAACGGCACGUCUUCAGGAUGGGGAGGUAUGAUAGGGCUGGGAGGUCGCCCGCUACGCACGAGAGUCGGCAUCCCUCGUGGGAAUCGAAAUCGGGGCAAUGGAGUCCUUGGUCAAGGCAAUGCAGCCGUGCCUCCUCGGCGAAAUCCUCGUCCUACUCCCCCGCCGGCUGCGGCGACACCCGUCAGUCGGGCCGAUACUACUAGUGCUGCUAGCACAGUGUACAAUGUGCGAUAUCACCCAGUAGCAAGCCCAACACCACCCGUGGCAAUGCCACAUAUGGAGGAAGAAGACGAACUCGAAGAGUACAAAGAGAUGGAAAACGAAGGGGCCCAUGAUCCUAACGCUGCCGAGCACGAUCCUUCAGCUCACGACGCCAGGGAACAAUCACCGCAGAUCGUCACCUCUGAUCCGCGAUGGCGCGCUCUGCUCAAUCCAUUCAAAAGGAGACGCGGGUCGUUGCCCAAGGAGGUUGCUUCCGCCCAAGCUGGCGAGGAACAAGGCGAGGAGGAUGAACGUGAUGAGAACGAUUCAUUUGAUAAUGAUCACCAGCCACAACCUACGCAACCACGGGGCAACAACACUUUCUUCUCACUUCACCGCAAGAGGUAUCCCGGUGCAGGAUCGCAAAAUGCAGAUGCGCCUUUGCCUGUUACCGUCAUCCCAGCUCGUCGUCGAGGCCAGCAGCACACUUGGUCUCCGCAGAACCCCCUGUUGGAGCCAUCCGCCGCUUAUGAAUCUCGACCUGGCCUAUCUGGUCUACCCGUGAGGGUAAUCCCCUCUCAACCGCAGGCCUCUGCUCCCUGGACUGAUGCGGAUUUGGAAAACGGCGACGGAGAUUAUACUUUGCGUUAUGAUCCGGAUGCUGCCGCAUUGAUCGAUGAGGACCGUGCCCGUGAUGAGCGCCCUGAUACUGCAGACCAGGCCAGCUGGACGGAAACGACGGAUUCGGAGCAACGGCACGAUAAGCCGUCUGUCCAGGUGGGUUCCCAGCAGCAUGGUGGCCAUGGUCAUGAUGCCUCUUGA